GCAGUGGAUACAAUAAAUGUUCCGUGCUUGCGUUUUGCAACUGUUGGAAAUCAAAUUUCACGGGCUUACGUCCAAAAAUCUAGUAUACUUACAGUAUGCUUAAGUCCAAAUGUCCAGUACUUGCAAGCUCUAUAAUAAUGUACUUCAACUGUACCCUACAGCAUGAUGUGACUGUUUGUUUUUAAACAGCACUAAGCAGUUUGUCUAAAGUUGUCCCGUUAUUUACUGACCAUCCCGAGUGUGCGAGAGCGCAGAUGCGCCAGUCGCUGGUACAGCUCGGGGUCACGUGACUUCCUGCGGCGAGUGACUGCUGCUGCAGUUUCUUGUCGCGAGCGCUCGGUGCACGGUGUGGAAAUUCCGAACCACAGCGGCAUGAAGCUGCACGCAUGCGAAUCGCUGCGCAACCCGUGAACGGUAACCCGUCUCCGUAGAGCAGCGGAUUAACACCCGUUUGAGCGGAGGGAGGAUUAAGAUCCAGCGCGAUCCAGAGGGAGAAGUUUGCUCACUGCGUCGGGUGGAGGUGAACGGGACACCAGCAGCGAGCAUGGCGGAGAGAAGUGGCCGGUUAAGCUUCCCCGGGAGCGGGGCGCUGAACAGACCGGUUCCUAUGAACCUGUUCGCCACCUGGGAAAUAGACGGCUCGUCUCCAAACUGCAUCCCCAGGUUGUGUAGUCUGACUUUGAAGAAACUGGUUGUGAUGAAGGAACUUGACAAGGAGCUGAUAUCUGUCGUCAUUGCGGUCAAGAUUCAGGGCUCCAAGCGAAUCCUGCGCUCUCAUGAGAUAGUGCUGCCCCCUGCUGGUGGGGUGGAGACUGAUCUCGCUCUCACAUUCUCUCUACAGUACCCUCAUUUUCUGAAGCGUGAGGGAAAUAAGUUGCAAAUCCUGCUUCAGAGGAGGAAGAGGUACAAAAACCGAACAAUUUUGGGUUACAAGACAUUGGCUGCUGGUUCUAUAGACAUGGCAGAGGUGAUGCAGCAUCCUGCAGAAGGUGGGCAGGUCUUGGCUCUGUGCAGUAAUCAGAAGGAGUUUCUGGGUAAAGUUGCUGAGAUUUGGAUCUAUUCCCUUUCCAGUCAACCUAUAGACCAUGAGGAGGCGGCCAUUCUGGGACAGAAAAUCAAAUGUUCUGAUAAUUACUCAGAAGAAGAGUAUGAAAGCUUCUCGUCGGAGCAGGAGGCCAGUGAUGACGCAGCACAAGGACAGGAUCUUGAGGAUGACGAAUACGAGAUUAGGAAGCCCAAAAAGCAAAGAAGGUCAAUAGUCAGGACGGCGUCAAUCACCAGGCAGCAGAACUUUAAGCAGCGUGUGGUGGCAUUGCUCAAACGGUUCAGAGUUUCUGAUGAGGUGUUGGACUCGGAGCAGGACCCAGCCGAGCCGCCUCCAGAGGUAGAGGAAGAUCUGGAUCUAGAGAGUUUGGAGUUUGAGAAUCCCAGUGACAGUGGACCGGAUCUGGAUGAUGAUGAAAGUGUUCUCAGCACCCCAAAACCCAAACUCAAGCCAUAUUUCGAAGGAAUUUCUCUAUCCAGCUCUCAGACAGAAAUUGGCAGCAUUCACAGCAUUAGGAGUCACAGAGAGCCGCCCAGUCCGAUGGAUCCUGAUAAAAUAAGGGCUGUAGGUGGGAAGUUUCAGAUGGACAAUGAAUCUGAUAAUAUUUCUAUGGGUCAUCCUGAGGUUGUGACCCCUACCACAGAAUUGGAGAUGAUGGACAACAUGGACACUUUCAUGGAGAGGUUGCCUCCUACUGGCCGGAUGACCAAAACAGAGUCACUCAUCAUUCCAUCCAACCGGGUGGAGCCAAAGUUGGCAGGGCGACGGGGGCGGAGCACGUCACUUAAAGAGAGGCAGCCCAGCCGACCGCCCAAUGAGAGAGCCAACAGUCUAGACAACGAGCGCUCACUUGACACUCGCUGCCACCUACAGAUUCCACGCAAAACUGUUUACGACCAACUGAACCACAUUCUGGUGUCAGACAGCCAUCUCCCCGACAGCAUCAUCCUCAUCAACACGUCGGACUGGCAGGGCCAGUAUGUGUCUGAGGUGUUACAGAAUCACGGUCUUCCUGUUGUGUGUACAUGCACCACGGCUGACAUACAGGCAGCGUUCAGCACCAUCAUCUCUCGCAUACAGAGAUUUUGUAACAGUAACUCAGUCACACCGUCUCCAGUGCGGAUCGGAGUAGCAGGAGCUCAGCAUUACCUGUCUGCCGUUUUGCGUUUGUUUGUGGAUCACUUGACACACAAAACCCCCGACUGGCUCGGAUACCUGCGAUUCCUUAUCAUCCCUCUCGGGGUUCAUCCAGUGGCUAAAUAUCUGGCCAGUAUAGACUACAGAUAUAACAGUCUGUUCCAGGACUCGGCAUGGAGAGAUCUUUUCCACAAACCAGAAGCACCAUCCUCAGUUCAGGACAGUCCGGAUAUUGUUUCCAGAGUGACACAGUACAUGUUGGGAGCAAAUGGAGCUCAUCAGUUGCCCAUAGCAGAGGCCAUGCUCACCUACAAGCAGAAAAGGAAAAAGAGCUUUCAUUUUGAUUUUGCAGUAAGUCCUGAUGAAGACUCGUGCCAGAAAUUCAUCCCUUUCAUUGGGGUGGUGAAAGUGGGGAUUGUUGAACACACUUCUGCUACAUCUGGUGAUUCAGAUGAUGCUGCUCCUGUGGGAUCUGCUCUUCUCUCCUCUACUCCUCCUUCACAAAUCUCCCCAUUACUGAAAGAAGUAUCUCCAACGCCUCCCUCUUCUCCCUCUGUACACUUGUCCAGUUCUCCAGGAGGGGGCCAGGGGGAGUUGAUGGGCCUUCAGGUUGACUACUGGAUUGCUCCAUCAGAAAGGAAGAAAGAAUUGGAGAAGAGAGACUCCUCUGGCAAAAUCACGCUUAGGUGCACCUUCCGCUCACUGCAGGUUAGCCGCCUCCCACUGGGCGGAGCAGAGAUUACACAUCAGCCGACCAUGUCCAUGACUGUUGUCACCAAAGAGAAAAAUAAAAAAGUGAUGUUUCUGCCUAAAAAGACCAAGGAUAAGGAGGCAGAGUCUAAGAGUCAGGUGAUAGAGGGCAUAAGUCGACUCAUCUGCACAGCCAAACACCAGCAGACCAUGCUGAAAGGUGAUCAGCCAAUCAGAAUUCAUCAAAUGUUGAUAGAUGGAGUAGAAUGGAACGAUGUGAAAUUUUUUCAGCUGGCAGCUCAGUGGUCAUCUCACGUCAAACACUUCCCACUUGCCAUCUUCGGACCCUCCAAAGGGCCUUACUGAAGUACAGCCUCACAUCUUCACUCCUCUAUGCUACGGCUGCCUUUACACUCAGUGCUGCCUGAUGUUUUUAUUUAAAAUAUCUGCUUUCUCACAGUUUGUGUCUGUUUUUUUAUUUUGACAUUUGAUUGUUCUUUUUUGAAAGACUUGAUGCAGUCUUGGAAACGGGGCAUAUUUUUUGAUUACUUAUGUUGAGCUUUUAAAACCCUCCAGUGGUUAUAGUAAAAUAACUAAUGAACUGAAUCUUUAAAACUGAUUUAACUCCGUAACUAGUGAGUUUUGUGUCAUUCUGCAAAGCUGUAUCCACACAUUUGAGCAUCAUUUCAGCAGCCAACACACUUGUGGGAGAGCAAACCAGCAAAAGGGAGAAAGGAACAAUGCUUUUGAUUUGUUAAAAGGACAGACUCUGGACUGGAUUUUGCUUCGGAUGGAUUUUCCAUGUGGCGUAGUCCUGAAGACGGCUGAAGCAUUUUAUCCCUCUCUCUCUCACUCUAUAACCUCAGCGAGGUCAGAGAGUCUCUCAAAGGUUAAUUGUGUGUGUGUGUUUGUGUAUGUGUGUGUUGCAGACUUAACCUUGUUAUAUGUGGUUUACUUUUUUCUGUAGGUUUGUGUGUGUGUGUGAAUGUAUUCACUGAAGGUACUGAACGCUAAAGCACUUUUAAAACAUUACUAGAUUGUGUUUUUGUUAUAAUGCUUCCUGUGGUGCACAGCGCUGUUCACUCCAGAUAAAAACUGCAGCAAAGCUUUGUGGGAACUUUGGAGACAGAAACUGGACUGAGUGUCUGUGUCUACAUUAGAUGGACCACUGUCACACCUGUGUGCUGCACUCUUUAAAAUCUUUUUUUAAUGUAACCAUUUCUUAAAAUGUAUGUUCUGUUUUGUUUGUUGGCUUGUUUGAGGAUGUCAAAUAACCCCGAGAUGCUGUAUUGGAUUUAAAAUAAUGUGCCUAAUUAUUAUUAGAACUUGUUCCGGUCAUACUUCACCCCAAAAUCAAAAGAAAUAAGACAAUUUUUAGGACAAAUAAUUACAUUUUUAAAUAACAAAUAAUUCAGAUAUAUCUAUCUUUUUUUUCAACAACAUUGUAUUUCAGUAUUUUUUUUGUAAUACACAAAUAAUAAUGACAAAUUUCAAUUUGUUAACACUACUGUUAAUACAUUAGGUAUCAAUGAAAUAAAAUGAAAAAUAUUUUUACACAUUUAUUAAUCUUAGAUAAUUACUACAUUUUUUACAUUUCAGGUUGUAUAAAUUAACAUUAUUGUAUGAAUUAACAAUGGAAAAUAAUAUAUUUAUAAAUUAACAUUAAACUAGAUUGAUAAAUACUGUAAAAAAAUAUUAUUCAUGGUUAGUUCAUGAGACCAAAUGUGUUAACGAAUUAAACCUUAUUGUAAAGUGUUGGCAAAAAUCUAACGAGAAUCACCUUGAGAAUAAUUAGAAGCAAACUCUAAUGCAAAACAUCCAAAAAAUUAGAGUAAUGACACUCGAUUUGUCAAAUCUAGAAAAACUUCUAAUUUUGGAGUGAAAUAUGACCGGCGUGUGUCACAAACACUAAAAGAAGGAGCUACAUAAAUGCCACUAUAUCAUAAUCUCACUAAAUGUAGCAUAAGAAUUACAGUGUUCCACAGCCUGUGUGCUUAUACCUGCCUGUAGGUGAGAUGAGCAUGUGUAGAUACUGAUGUCUCAGUGUUAUAAAGGUAUUAGACAUGCCUUUUUCAGAAGGCCUUUUAGGGAGGCUCUGAACUAUCUCUUAGUCUCUGUUUUUCAGGAUGAAGAGAUAGUUUAAUCCUCUUUACUCAUAUAGAGUAGAUUUAAAUCGAAUUAUAUUGUGCCUCACUUGCUCCUUAGAAAGCCAAAAUAUGUCAAAAAAACAAAUCCAACCCAUGAGGAAACCAUCCCGUACUUCAACUCAGACUCACACUUGUCACGAUUAAUGCAAGCUAGUGGCAAACCUGUGCAAUGAUGUCAGUGUUGUUCUAUUUAUGGUCAGCAGAGGUUUGGUGCAGUGUAAUGGAAAUAUUUCAUGCUUGUCCAGACUGUAAAAGGUUCAUAAUUUAUCAUACACAGUAUGUAAGGAGCUGUGCUGAUAAUGUCAGCUUAUAGUUAAAGCUGUGCUAAAGAACUCUGUUUGCGUUUAAAUGUAUACCUGCCACUAGUAUUAGUUUUUUUUGUUUUGUUUUUUUUAAUAAAAAAAAAUAUAUAUAAUUUAAAAAAAAAACUUUUAGCUUUUUAAUUUAAAUGUUCUGCUCCAGUUAUGGGGGAUUACUCGGAUAAAUUUGUAUUUGUAAGAAAAACUGUUGAAAAAAUACUACCACUGUAAUUCCUUAACUGGAAUUUAAUAAAACUACACACACUAAGAUGCUUUUGUUCUGGUUCCUGUUUGUGAUUUUUAUACUUGUUGGAUGAAUAUUAAACAGAUCAACUCACCAAACAUUGAUCCAAAACUCAACUAGAAAUGCAGGCAAAUAUGUGACUUGACUUGUGAACACAAGUCUUCAGCUCUCUGAAUAUCACAAGAUUUACAAUGCUAAAUGUUUUGGAAUGUCUUGUUUGACUCAUCUUGUAAAAUCUGAAUGUAAAAAAUUAAAUAUAAACAAAGACUAUCACAAGACUCA